AUGGCAUCUUCGGCCGUAAGGUGUCCAAAUUGUUUGGAUCCUACUCCAACGAUUAACCAAUAUAAAGUGCAAAAUCAAUUGUCACUGUUCUUUAUCCCUAUUUGGCGAACCAAAGCAAAAUAUUUAUGGAUUUGUGAUCGUUGCAAAUGGACAGGGCUUUCUAGACCCGAAGAACAAGUUAGAGAAGAAACUGUGCUUGGACAACAGAAUCCUCCACUGCCAACUUUGGGAUUGACUCGUUGUACUAAUUGUAACAUGGAGAGAACAUGUGGUAGUGUCUUUGGUGGAGGUGUGAUGGCUAAUGUUGCCAUAUUACAGACUUCGGUCGCUCCAGGCUUUCGAAAAAUAAUGACCUGGAAUCCUAAAAGAAGUAGCAAAAAAACCCCUAAUUCAUCUUAUAAUAAUGCGUCCGAAGGAGACGACAAAUCAUCGCCUGCUCCGGCAAGCCCUACUCCUAGUUUGAGGAGUCUUAAAUCGGGAAGACCAUCUCUGUUUGCAACCUUUGCACGCAGAAAUUCUACUAAAAGCGAGCACUCCUCAAGGAGCCGUUCACCUACGAGUCCUAGACCCUCACAUGACUUAAAUUUUGCUUCGGAUGGGAUUCGUACCCCAAGCCCGACACCAUCACGAAAUUCUAUGAUAUUUGAACGGGACAUUGAAUUUCAUGAUCAUCUUAGCGUUCACGAGGCCAUCGACCUCGCUAUUCCUCCUGUUUUAGAUGAUGCGGCCGAAGCAUUUGUGAAUGAAGAAAUACCUACUAUUCUAACAGAGACUAAUGGUGAACACCAGAAAGAUAAUGGAGAUGGAAAAGACGGUGAAUCUGGAACCGGGAAACAAGAAUCAAUUGGUGAGGAUCCUCGGGUUAUUCCAUUAAUAGAAAAUGAAGGUCGAAAGCGACUUUCGUUAAUAAAUUAUGCAGAAAUCGUUGAUCACCAACAUACAAUUGCUGAAACCUUAAGAGUAACAACACCAAGAGAAAUGAAUGAGUUAACUGGAAUAUUUGAUAAAUAG